CUCCCCUCCACACUUUUUAAAGCAGCGUCCACCCCCAGCGACACCAUCAAUCCACUCCUCCACAGCCUACGCCUCCCUUCAUGAUGGACCUCCAUCAUGACCCAGAUAUCCCUAUCCACACUACUGAUCCCGGUCUUCUGCACGCCUCCCUCACCUCCGUCGCGGAAGACGCGUCUACUCUCACCGCCCAUCACCACUCCCACUCCCACUCCCACUCCCCCUACACCCCGACCCCCCCAUCGACCCUCUCCAGGGCCAUUCGCACACGCACACUCACAAUGAUCCUCGUCAAGCGACCCGACCAACACAUCGACAUCGGGAGUAUUGUUGACCCCCCAGACCUGGAUUUUUGGCGUGAUCGCCUAUUCAACGUCGAUGAGAUGAUCGUGUUGAGUGAGGAGCAAUUCCUCACCUACUUCCCACACAUCGACAACGUCUACUCUCACCGCUCCACCCAGCACUACAAGCGCAAGCCCCUGAUCUCCCAUUACUGGGACUGUCGACUGAAGGGGCGCCCGCCGGGAACGCCCAAGUCCAAUGAUCCGAACAAGAAGAAACGGAAACGGACAGCCCGGCAGCGCGACCUCUGUGACGUGAAGAUCAAGAUCACGGAGUAUUUCCCGGGCCAUGAUAUGAUGGGGUUGGUUGGGGUGGAGGCCGGCGGGAUUGGAGUUGGGGCUGGGGUUGGGGCUGCUUCAGGGCUGUUGUUGGGGUCGGGUGCGGGUGUGGAUGUGGACGGUGCGGGGGAGGGUAGUGUCGCGGAUGCACAGCAGCACCAGCAGGAGAAUCAGGCUCAGGCGUUUGGACUGCUUACCCCCAGCCUGAACCCACCGCUGCCGGAGGGUCAUCCUGGAGUGAAUGGGCAGCGGUUUUUUACCAUCCAGCGCGUCAAUGGGAAUGGGGCUAAUGGGAAGAAUGAUGGGGUGAGUGGCGGGCACCGGCAUACGUUGGAGGAGAGUGACCGGGUGAAGAAGAAUAGUGUGCAACGGUAUAUGCUGAAGGAGGCGAGGGAGAAGAAGAAGUCGCUGUCUAACAGAGCCAUGUCUACCCCCAGCCAGCCACAGAAAACAUAUCACACCAAAGCCACCGGACUGGCUGCCCAGACCGUUUCGUUCCGUGCCCAGGAAAAUGAGUUGAAAUUGUAUGGCAGUUGCUUCUGCCCCUUCGUCCAGCGCGUCUGGAUCGCCUUGGAGCUCAAGGGUAUUCCGUACCAGUACAUCGAAGUCGACCCGUACCAGAAGCCCCAGUCUCUGUUGGAGGUAAACCCCAGGGGCCUCGUCCCGGCCUUGCGCCAUGGCGACUGGGGCUCCUAUGAGAGUUCUGUAUUGCUCGAAUACCUAGAGGAUCUGAAUGUUGGCCCGCCAUUGCUCCCAUCCGGGGAUCCCAAGUUGCGGGCGCAUUGCCGACUGUGGACCGAUUUCGUCAACCGCCAUAUUGUUCCGAAUUUCUACCGCGUCCUUCAGGAACAAGACACGCAGAAACAAAUUGCCCACGCCCAAGAGCUCCGCGAUGCGUUCAACACGCUGGUCACGGCCGCACACGCCCAGGGCCCGUUCUUUCUGGGCGCGAGUAUGUCCUUUGUGGAUAUCCAGGUGGCCCCGUGGAUCCUCCGCUUGCGCCGCGUCCUCAGCCCCUACCGUGGCUGGCCAGACCCGGAACCCGGCAGUCGUUGGGGUGCCUGGGUAGACGCAAUUGAGAGCGACGAGCAUGUCCAGGCGACCACCAGCUCCGAUGAGCUCUAUCUGGAUAGUUAUGAGCGAUAUGCGGAAAACCGACCCAACACCUCCCAACUUGCCAAUGCGAUCAAUGCUGGCAGGGGGCUUCCCUGAUUGGCUGUAGGUCGGUAGUUAUACCAUCUAGCAUGCUAAAUUGAGUUCCGGGGCAGCGACCUGGAGUCGCCUCCCAUUGUCAACACACGACGAUUGCAAUCUGCCAUUUCUGGCGAAGCGAUGAUUAGCUUUGUCUUCUCGUAGUCUAGCCCCCCCGGGCACCCCUGCUGCCCGAUCG